AUGCAGAUGCCAGAUAUGCCCGUUAAUGUACCGGUCGAUGAUCCCAAUGCGGAUACAGAAUGGAACGAUAUCCUCCGCAAGCACGGCGUUAUCCCCGAAAAGCCUCCGUCGCCGACACCUAUGAUACAAGAAGCACUUGAGGAAGCCCGCAGACUAGCACAUGAGAACAGACUGGAGGGGAAAGAUUUGGAUGAGCUCGCCGAACUUGAAGACGACGAGGACGAUGAGUUCCUCGAGCAUUACCGGAAGAAGCGUCUGCAGGAGCUAUCGACCAUCAACACUGCUUCGGUCUACAAUCAGGUCUAUCACCUUCAAAAGCCCGAUUACUCGCGAGACGUCACCGAGGCCUCCAGCAAGGCCUAUAUAUUGGUGCUACUGACUUCGUCGCAUGGCACUAACGGCGAGUCCCGAAUCAUGAUUGACGUCUGGCGAGAACUUGCGCAGCGCUUUGGCGACAUCAAGUUCUGCCAGAUGCGCGCGGACCUAUGCAUAGAGGGAUAUCCCGAGAAAAACACGCCGACGGUGCUCGUUUACAAAGACGGUGACAUCAAGAAGCAGCUGGUGACGUUGCGCGAGCUGCGUGGGACGCAGACCAAUGCUGAAGAUGUGGAACAGUUAUUGGUGGACAUCGGUGCUGUGCGCAUUGGGGAUACACGCCUGCGUCGUAACAAGGCGGAUGUAGAUGCUGAUACUAGUACGAGCAAGAUAAGACGGGGCGAAUCAGCUGCGGACCCGGACGAUAGUGACUGGGACUGA